AUGACUACCUCAGCGAGCCAAUCAUGGUUUUCAGGUGCAGAAAAGUUGUUGGAACUUUGGUUCAACAGUAGAAGUGAUAGAAAUGGUUCGCUUCGUCUUAUUCCUAGAUAUGAGUUGGACACUAUGCUGAACAUGGCUAAAUGCAAAAUCCUUCACUCAGCUCAUACCGAAUACAUUGACAGUUAUGUGCUGAGUGAAAGCAGCUUGUUUAUUACGGAACGCCGUCUCAUUCUAAAAACUUGUGGUUCGACUCGCCUUCUUGCCGCCUUGCCAAGGAUCAUACAGCUCGCUGCAGUUUAUGGACACCUUGAUCAGCCUGAAGAACAUCGUUCCUUCGAUGCCGAAGUUGACUAUCUUGACAGCUUCUUCCAUAAUGGACAUGCCUACUGCAUGGGGUCUCUAAAACAGGAUCGUUGGUAUCUUUAUACGUACCAUAUUCCGCAGCCUGUCAACAAAGUUGCGGACCAUACGUUGGAGAUACUCAUGACGGAUCUAAGCGAAGACAUUCUUCAUUUCUUCACAAAGGAUGCUUGCGAAAAUGCAAAAGAUUGCACGGAGCGAUCGGGUAUUGACCACAUCGUUCCUAAUGGAACACUUAUUCACGAAGAGCUUUUCGACCCAUGUGGAUAUAGCAUGAAUGCUUUUCUUCCAAACUCUGACCACUAUGCGACUAUCCACGUCACACCAGAAAAGGAAUUCUCAUUUGCUUCAUUCGAAACCAACCAAGACCUCAUUUGUCUAUACAGACAGACGAAACAAGUUGUCAAAUGCUUCCGUCCUGGCAAGCUGUUAAUGACGGUUUUCUCCAACGACGGUUCUGUGAGGGGACGUGAGGCUCAGCAACAACUUUGGGACCGUGAGCUUCCAGGUUAUAAACGCACAAACAUCCAGUUUGUUAGACUGGAGGUUUGUUUAGUAUGUUAUUUUCAUACCAUGUGUAAAAUCUUAUUAAAAAUGCCGUCGUUCUUACUUAAUUAG